AUGAUUAAUGCUCUGAUUGAGAGAUGGCGGCCUGAAACUCACACGUUUCACUUUCCAGUUGGUGAGUGUGCCGUGACCUUGGAGGAUGUGGCGAUGAUUCUCGGUCUGCCGACAAAUGGUCUUCCGGUAACAGGACCGACCAUGAGUAGUUUUGAGGCAAUGGAAAUCGAGUGCUUGCACCAAUUUGGAGUUGCACCGAGGAAGACGGAAUGUAGAGGGAGCUUUAUAAAAUUAACAUGGUUUAGGGGUUUGAGAGAUCGUAUAGUGUUGAAUGAUGUUGAGCAUAUUCAGAUGUAUGUAAAGUGUCAUAUAAUGUUAUUAUUUGGGACAGUUAUGUUUGGAGAUAAGGCGACUUCAGCUGUUCAUUGGAAAUUUUUACCUUUGCUCCGUAACUUUCGUCAGAUCAUACAGUUUAGUUGGGGUUCGGCAUGCCUGGCACACUUGUAUAGAUCAUUGUGUAGGGCAACUCGUGUCGGAAGCAAGGAGAUGGACGGUCCGUUGGUACUCUUACUCACUUGGGCUUGGAUCCGGCUACCAUUUUUAGCGCCUAUUCCCGGCAAUCCCCGAGUGUUUCCAAUUGCAAACAGGUGGCGUAGCUGGGACCGUGAAAACUAUGCCUACCGAUAUCAUUCUCUUGUGCACUUCAGGAGAUUGUUGGAUGAUCUACAAGAAGGACAUGCAUAUGGCAUUGGAAACAUCGACCCAGGCUUGAUUCCUUUAGACAUCCAUCAUAAUUCGAGUCAGGAGACAAUUUGGAUUGACACAGGGUGUUGCUAA